CAUUUACAAGCAUUUUCAGUUCCAGCCCUGACCGAGGAGGAGCAGGUCUGCCUCGGGAUCGUCCACAGUCCUAAUUUCCUUUUUGUUUUUCUAGGGUUAAAAUGGGAAUUUGUGGUUUUGCGCUUUGUUUAAUGAUCACUACAUGUUUGUGGAGGGCAUCCAUUCAGGGAGAGCAUCAGAGGAGGCUGUAUCGAGAUCUCAUGAAAGAUUACAACCCUCUCGAGAGACCUGUGUUUAAUGACACCCGGUCGCUUACUGUCAACUUCAGCUUCAGCUUGAUGCAGGUUAUGGAUGUGGAUGAGAAGAAUCAAGUUCUCACAACGAACAUUUGGCUACAGCUGUACUGGUUCGAUCAUUACCUUAAAUGGAAUGUCUCGGAAUAUCCCGGCGUGACGAGCGUCCGAUUUCCUGAUAGCCAGAUUUGGAAACCUGACAUCUUGCUUUAUAACAGUGCCGAUGAGAGAUUUGAUGCCACCUUUCACACCAACGUGCUAGUUAGCUCCAACGGUGCCUGCCAAUACUUACCACCAGGUAUCUUUAAGAGCACAUGCCACAUUGAUGUACGGUGGUUUCCCUUCGAUGUUCAACGAUGUGACCUGAAGUUUGGAUCAUGGACAUAUGGCGGCUGGUCUCUGGACCUGCAGAUGAUUGAGGCUGACAUCACAGGAUAUAUAGCCAAUGGAGAAUGGGACCUUGUUGAGGUUCCAGGACGCAGGAAUGAAAGGUUUUAUGACUGCUGUAAAGAACCGUACCCUGAUGUGACAUUCACGGUGGUGAUGCGAAGACGCACGCUGUACUAUGGUCUAAACUUGCUCAUCCCAUGUGUCCUCAUCUCCACACUGGCUCUACUUGUCUUUCUCCUGCCAGCGGAUUCGGGUGAGAAGAUCUCCCUUGGAAUCACAGUUUUGCUGUCACUGACGGUCUUCAUGCUCCUAGUGGCCGAGAUCAUGCCAGCUACAUCAGACUCUGUGCCUUUAAUUGCUCAGUAUUUUGCCACUACCAUGGUUAUUGUCGGAUUGUCGGUGAUAGCCACAGUGUGGGUCCUACAGUACCACUACCAUGAUCCUGAUGGAGGAAAAAUGCCAAGAUGGACACGUGUGGUCCUGGUGAACUGGUGUGCAUGGUUCUUGCGGAUGAAAAGGCCAGGCGAGGAGCGAGUGCGCUCAGCGUGCCACGACAAGCGCCCACGCAGCAGCGUCUCCAGCGUGGAACCGACUAAUGGAAACGUUCUCUACAUGGGCUUGCGUGGUAUGGAGACCCUGCCCUGUGCCACUUCACCAGACUCCGGGGUAGUGUGUGCCCGUCUCAUGGGCACAUCUGAAGAGGCUCCUUCAGUGAGCAGUGGCCAGGGAGACACAGAGCUGUCCAAGAUCCUAGAUGAAGUGCGCUAUAUUGCCAGAAGAUUCCAUGACCAGGACGAAGAAGAUUCUUUGUGCAGCGAGUGGAAAUUCGCCGCCUCGGUUAUCGACCGCUUGUGUCUCAUGGCCUUUUCCAUGUUCACUGUCCUUUGCACCAUUGGUAUCCUCAUGUCAGCUCCGAAUUUCAUCGAAGCCAUUUCCAAAGACUUUUUCACUUAAACUCUUUGUGUGUGCAUUUUUUUUUUCUGCAGCUUUUUGGAGUUUUUGCAGGUGCUGUGGUGUAGUUCAGCCAAAAUAGAAUGUACACAUUUGUUCAUUCAAUAAGUAGAGAAAAUAAGUUGAGACAUAACUUGUAUUGCGUUUCUAAAUAAGAAAAUCUUUAAACCUCAAACUUGUCUUGGCUGGAUAACAAUUUUUGUGUACAUUUCAUUUUUUAGCUGAACUCUUGAAACUUUAAAGCAAGCACGUAAUAAAAGAUGGAAAUAGCUUUAGUCUGGUGUUUUGUACCUAAAAUACAAUCAAUUUCUGUUAUCAUUCUUGGUUUUAUAAGUGAAUGAGAACUAAGUGUGCAUCAUAUUCGUAACUAUUCGUAUAAUCAAUUUUAAUCACAAUUAUCUUUACACAGUGGUGGUACUGCAACCUUAUACACAUCAAUUUUAUUUUAUUUUUCAUGUUUCACUUUAUUUCCAAGUUUCAUAGAGUGAUCACUAUUUCCUUGUAUCUAAUGAAUAUAAUUUUGCACAUUUUCAUCAAACACUCCUAGAAAAACAGAUAAAGGGCUUUGUUAAGCUCCAAUCAGUUGAGGUCAUAAGUUUGCCUGAGCCUUGCAGAAUCUGUGGUAUGAUCAAUGAAGGGAAUGAAGGAGUAAAUAUGAUUUUUAAACAAAAUUAAACCAAUAUACAUUGAUGUCAAAUGUAUGCACACACAUAAACUGGAUCUCAAAAUCACAUAGCCCCUUUUGAAAAGGGAUCAAAUAUGCAGAAGAUGUUGAUAAUCCAAAUAAUGUCCACUUUUUGGACAUUUGUUUAAAAAGUCUAACUGCUCAAGGACAAACAAGGGGCUCAUAAACAACUAUAACAAAACAUAAGUGCAGCCACUGAUCAUCCAGGUAAAAAACACUGUAUUAAGAAUCAAGCGUGUACAUUGUUAAAUGUUAUUAUUGUGUGUUGUGGACUAUAUGUAAACAUGAUAUAAGAAAUAAAUUGUUUAGGGCAGAAGCAAAUUGAAAACAAAAUGCAAUUUUUUUGAAGUGUCAUAAUUUAUUUCUUUUAUUAUGUUAACAUUUCAACUGCAAGAUUUAAGUAAACUUAAGACCUCUUGUGUAAGUCUGAGAUUCCUGUUUCUUUUUUGAAUUUUCUUUAAAAGUUGCAUUAAGUUGCCUUUAUGAUAUAGAGUGACAAAUAAAACAUAUUUUUCUAUACCUUAAAAAAAAA